CUGCUCUCUACGACAAGGCCGCAUUUUUUUUCUUCCUUUAGGUCUCUCUCUCUUGUCGUUGCCGUUGAUCCUUCCUUCUUUCAUAUUCAAUCUUUUUGUCGUUCAUUUGAAGCAGGCCAGCAAUGGCCUCUGCGUCUGGUUCACUUGCCAACCACGCCGUCAAUUCCGGCGACCUUGUCGACCUCGUUUCCUCAUCAUCCUCUGCAACGGUAUACCCCAACGACGAUGCCAUUGUCACCGUCCUCAACACCCGUUUUCGUGCUGAUUUACCAUACACAAGAAUAGGCACCACCAACUUGCUCGUCGUCAACCCAUUCAAAACACUUGCCAACGUCAACGACAUCAGUGCCAAGGAGUAUGAAGAGCGGUGUUAUAAAGAUACCAGCUUGCCACUUGCGAGUUCUAGGUUGCUCCAACCGCACCUUUAUGAGUUUGCGGCUCAAAUAUACCUUUUAAUGCGUCGGCGGAACCAGUCCCAAUCCGUCAUCACUCGCGGCAUCAGCGGCUCAGGCAAGUCAUCCAGCACCCGCCUCCUAGUCGACCAGCUUCUUCGGCUCUCCGCCCGCUCAAAGAAGGAAAAACGCAUCGCAGGCCAAAUCAAGGCGUUCUCCACGUUGCUCGACUCAUUUGGAAAUGCCAAAACUCUUCUAAACCCAAACGCCUCGCGCCACGCGCGCUACUUCGAGCUUCACUUCAAUGCCCGUGGACGCAUUGAGUCGGCUAAAGUCCUUGCGUUUGCGCUUGACAAGUCCCGCCUUACGCGCCUCACGCAUGAGGAGCGCACGUUCCAUAUUUUUUACCAGUUUUUAGCGGGUGCUACGCCCCAAGAGCGGGACCACUUUGCGUUGGAGGAUCCUUCUGAUUAUUCGUUGUUGGCGUCGUCGGGGUGUUAUCGCCUGCCGAGUGGCCCUUUCAGCGAUGACGCUAUUGCGAUGGAGGAAGUGUUAGCUGCGAUGCGUACCCUGGGCUUCAAAGCGAAGCAUAUCUCGUCGAUAUUCACGCUGCUCGUUGCGAUUCUCCUGCUGAGCAACAUCCAGUUCUCAGAAGCGGAUGCACGUGAUGUUUCUGCAUAUGUUGCUAAUGCGCCUGUGCUGGAGCAGGUGGCGAGGCUCCUUGGUGUGUCUUCUGAGGAUCUGACGCUGAUUCUGACGACUAGGACGAGCUAUGUUCGGAAGGAGCUUUAUACGGUUUUGCUUAAUGUGGAGCAGAGCGCAGCGCAACGUGACCAGUUCAUGCGCGACUUGUAUGCUAUCCUCUUUGCAUACGUCGUCGAGACCGCCAACCACAAGGUCGUUCAGGCCAACCGGGAGGAGCUCCCUCACUCGCAGAUUGUGAUCUUUGAUCAACCUGGAUUCCAGUCUCGUGGACCGACGGGCAGUGGCUCGAUGUCAUUCACGGGGACUGCUCCCUUGAUUUCAGCAUAUGGACAGAAUGGGUUCGAUGAAUUCUGCAUCAACUUUGCGGAUGAGGUCAUGCAGUCUUACAUGCUUCGCAGCGUGUUUGAGGACAGGCUUGGGUACAACAGUCACGUCACCGGCGAUGGUGUCCCCCUCCCUUCGAUAUCUACCAUGGACAACUCUGCUUGCGUCGAUCUGCUUCGGGGUGCUCAGGUGUCGGAGCGCUCUACCAGGAAGCCGGGAGGCAUGCUUGGUGUGAUCAGCAAGUCAUGCUCCUCAUUCAAGUCCGGAAAGGCGGGUGAGAAGAAAGAUGAAGAUAUGUUGCAGGACCUCAUCUCCAAGUGUGGGUCUCAUGCGUCCUUUGUGGCGACCCCAUCCCAGAUUGGUUCCAGCGAGAAGAGCCUGUUUGGUAUCCACCACUACGCCGGGAACUGCUCGUACGACGUCACGAGCUUCGUUGAGAAGGACUCAGACCUGCUUGAUUCUGCGUUUGUGACUCUUCUGCGUAAUUCCUCUGACGCGUUCAUGUCGAAGCUUGUUUCUGGCCCUUCUCUUGCGGCGGAAAGACAUUCCAAAGAUGAGGCUAUCAUUGUACAAGCCCAAGUGUCCUCUCGCCCGCUUCGCUCACCUACCCCCAUUGCUUCUCCCAACGGCACAGCACCUCCGGCAAGUGAAGACCAUGCACGUCUUGAUUCGUCCAAGAUAUACCCCGUUACUACCCAACUCAACCAUACCCUUUCCGAAAUCAUCGCCUCUCUCGACCACACACAUCUUUGGACUAUCUCGUGCAUCCGUCCUAAUGAUUCCAAUUCGCCAAACUCGUUCGAUAAGCGCCGUGUCAAGGCGCAGGUGCGGUCGAUGCUUAUACCUGAUAUCGUUGCACGCCGGAGUGUCGAGUUCGUUACGGACUUUCAGCAGGUGGAGUUCUGUGACCGCGGAUCUGUCAGUGCUGCCGCAAGUAAUGGAUGGGAGGAGGGGAAUGACUACGUCGUGGGCCAUCGGAGCAUUUGGCUUUCGUACGGUGCGUGGAAGACCGUGGAGGAUGUUGUGAGGGCUGCCGAGAAGGAGCAACCGAGGCGUUCUGGCGAGGAUUUCGAUGAUGAAGAGAGUGCUGUUGGAGAUGAUGUGACGGACUUUACCCAUCCAGAUGGUGUCCAUGGAGGAUACGCUUCCGAGAGCCGGGAUAAUUUACUGGUCGCGAGGGCGAGCAGUGGAGGGUCACGAUACCAGGAUCCCAACCGUUUAGCGCCGUACGGAAACGCUGGAUUACCUUCCCCUGCCUUGGGAAUUCCUACUUAUGACGACAACGAUGCUGAGUCGGCAUCCGAGUGGGAUAAGAAAGGUGGGAGCCCUGGCAUGAGCUCGCCUCCCUUCAUGUCGAAAGAGGGUGAGAUGAUCGUCAACAAGGCCCCGGCCGCAGUCGAAGAAGUUCCUUCAAGUACUUCACGCCGAUGGUGGCUCUUCCUUGUCUGGGGUUUCACCGGCUGGAUACCUUCAUUCGUCCUUCGCUACGUCGGCCGCAUGAAACGCCCAGAUAUCCGGCUCGCCUGGCGCGAAAAGCUCACCAUUUUCAUCCUCAUUUUCCUCAUGAACGCGCUCGUCAUCUUCUAUAUCGUCGAGUUUGGAAGGCUUUUGUGUCCUAACUUCGACAAGGCGUGGUCGCCGACGGAAGUCUCGGAGCACACUGGCGACGCUGAUUGGUGGAUUUCAAUACAGGGGCAGGUGUAUGACAUGUCGAACUUCAUCCACGGUGACCACAGCGAUCUAUCCGGUAUCGCUAGUAACUCUGCGAGCGACCUUGAAGAGCUUGUAGGACAGGACUUGACGGAUUAUUUCCCCCCACCACUUACUCUGGCCUGCCCCGACCUGGUCACUCAAACCUCAUUGCAACUUACACGCAAGAACUUUACACCCAUCGUCCCGCUCGCUAUGCACGCAUCUGGUGCCGCAGAGACUACACAGGGCACCGCGCUUGAUAAUGCGGGUUGGUACACUGCGACAUUCCAGCCGAAGAUGAAGAAUUAUCACAAGGGGCCUUUAGUCUGGACUACGAAGGAAGUUGCCGCGCAAGCUGCGGACCAGACCAUUCAACGCAUCUGGGCUAUCUGGGACAGCGGCGUGUAUGACUUGACGGACUACAUCUACACUCUGACGAUGAACCAAGGCGCGACGAGUCUCUACCAAUUCUUGAGCACGGACGUGUCGGAUGUCUUCAAACAGCAAGCUGGGCAGGAUAUCACGAAGCCGCUCAAUGCUGCUCUUGCGGGUCUCGAUUCUAAUACGGCGGCGGCCAACAUCAACUGUUUGAAGAAUACGUUCUAUCUCGGCGAGACUGACUUCCGGGAUACGCCGAGGUGUCUCGUGCAGAACUACUUGCUAUUGGUGUUCACGAGUAUUCUGUGCGCGUCUAUCGUGCUCAAGUUCCUUUCCGCGCUACAACUGGGUCCCAAGCGGUCGCCUGAGAUGCAGGAUAAAUUCAUCCUUUGCCAAAUCCCUUGUUACACGGAGGGCGAGGAUUCUCUGCGCCGGACAGUCGAUUCAUUGGCGUCGUUGAACUACGAUGACAAGCGGAAACUGCUCUUCAUCAUCUGCGACGGGAACAUCAUCGGCAGUGGGAACGACCGCACGACUCCUCGUAUUGUGUUGGAUAUUCUUGGCGUAGACCCUAAGCUCGAUCCUGAGCCUUUGUUAUUCAAGUCGAUCGGCGAGGGCUCGAAACAGCUUAACUAUGGCAAGGUGUACUCAGGCCUGUACGAGUUUGAGGGACAUGUCGUUCCGUACAUGGUAGUCGUUAAAGUUGGCAAACCUACUGAGCGAUCGAAGCCUGGAAACAGGGGCAAGCGUGAUAGUCAGAUUCUACUCAUGCACUACUUGAAUCGCGUUCACUUUGAUGCGCCAAUGUCGCCCCUCGAGCUCGAGAUCUAUCACCAGAUGAGGAAUGUCAUCGGCAUUGAUCCUGCUUUCUAUGAGUACAUUUUCACUGUCGACGCUGAUACACAAGUCACACCUGAGUCUCUGAAUCGACUGGUUGCUUCCGCUGCAGAUGACUCGAGUAUCAUUGGUAUCUGUGGCGAGACCAAGCUCACGAACGAGGAAGGUUCAUGGUGGACGAUGAUUCAGGUAUACGAGUACUACAUCUCUCACCAUUUGUCAAAGGCCUUUGAGAGUUUGUUCGGCUCAGUGUCUUGUCUUCCUGGAUGUUUCUCGCUGUACCGUAUCCGUACAGCAGACAAGGGCCGGCCUAUCAUCAUCUCGAAUCGCAUUAUCGACGAGUACGCUGAAGGCAACGUAGAUACGCUUCACAAGAAGAACCUGUUCUCUCUCGGUGAAGAUCGUUUCCUGACGACGCUCCUCCUGAAGCACUUCCCCACGUUCAAGACCAAAUUCAUUCCGGAUGCGGUUGCUCAUACCAUGGCUCCCGAAUCUUGGCGUGUUCUGUUCUCACAGCGGAGACGGUGGAUCAAUUCUACGAUUCAUAACUUGUGCGAGCUCGUGAUUUUGCCUGAACUUUGCGGCUUUUGCUGUUUCUCGAUGAGGUUCUUCGUUUUCAUCGACCUGUUGGGCACCAUCAUCCUGCCAGCCACGGUCGUCUACUUGGCUUAUCUCAUCGUUGUUGUUGCUACUGGCAAUGCGGCUCUACCACUGAUUUCCAUCAUCAUGUUGGGUAUCACCUAUGGUUUACAAGCCUUGAUCUUCAUCAUUAAACGUGAAUUCAUGUUGGUGGGAUGGAUGGUGGUCUACCUCCUUUCAUAUCCGGUAUACAGUUUCUUCCUACCCAUUUACUCUUUCUGGUGCAUGGACGAUUUCUCCUGGGGCAAUACGCGUAUUGUCAUUGGUGACGGCGGUAACAAGAAGGUUGUCAUGAACGAGGAUGAGCGGUUCGAUGAGUCGAUGAUCCCGUUGAAGAAGUUCAGUGAUUACGAGGCAGAAGCUUGGGAGAAUGGAUCUCAUCGCUCUGAUGAAACAGGUUUAACCAAGCCUCGUUCCAAUCGUUUCCCUCCUUCUCGUCAAGGGUCCCCCCAGAGCUUCCACCCAUCUCUCACCGGCGAUUACUAUCGGGAUACGAACAUGACCAAGAACAACUCGAAUCCCAAUAUCCGCGGGCCGGCCUCCCACAUCAGCCACGGUUCUCGACAGGGGUCGAUGUAUGACGGGCGGCAGCCAUCUGUACCUCAAUACAGCGUUCCGCAGAUGCCAUUUAUGUCGUUUAGCGGUGGAGCCGGUUCAGUGCAUGGUUCGGACUAUGGACAUAUGGCUAUGAUUCCGCCCUUGGGGUACCAGCACUCUGGCAGUGCAUACGGUGGGAUGCCUCAGGAUUCACGUGCCAUGAUGAUGAACAUGCCCAUGAUGACGGGAGGCUCUCAGACAGGCGGCUUUGGCAUGCUACCCGCGAUCGGAGGAGAUGCACGGCCCUUGUCGAUGUUCUCAAUGGCGACGUCCGUAAAUGCGUUCGCUGGUCCGAGCUUCAACCCCCAUCCUACCGACGAGGAUCUCUUCAAUUCCCUACGGAACUACCUCAGCACGCAAGAUUUGAUGACAGUCACGAAAAAGACCGCUCGUGAGGCGAUCAUGGCCAAAUUCCCCAAAGCUGAUCUUACAUCCCGAAAAGACUUUUUGAACGAGUCGAUCGACAAGAUUCUGUCACAGUCGUAGAGUGAGAGCGACAUUUCUAUUGCGUGAUCUCCAUAAUAUUCUUUACUUCGUGAACGGCGCCGAUGUGCCUUGAACACUCCCUGGUCACCGUACAUUUCAUUCUACUUCGGACAAUCGUUUGGUCGCAUAUGGACACUCCUCUCGUCCCCAGAAUUAUCACUGCAUCGUUGUAUCAUCCUUCUUGGACUAUGCACUCGUACGUAUCAUAAACUUUAACCUACAUAAUUAGGUCUCUGGAUAUGGGUGAGACUCCAAUACACUCUCUUAAAUUGAUGAAUUAUUCGAUUAUGUUUGCCCAU